UUGAUAAGCCCCGCGAAAAUGCCGACUAGUGAAAAUACCUUAGUGCUCAUGAGUAUUGUGCCGGAUCACCGGAGUAUCUCUCCGAUGACUCCAUCCCCAUCGAAAGAAAUGAAAGGAAUUCGGUUGUUUCGUGCUAUCAGCAGAAAAUUAACACGAAGAUCCAACGAAGACCUCAAUUAUCAAGAAGAAACCGACUGUAACUCUUCCAGUUCUGAUUCUUGCUCAUCAACUUCCUUAGGCAGAGUAACCAGAAGAAAAGAAACGAUAUCUGCAGACUCUGGAUUUAGAUCAAUCUCCCCCAAUCACAUGUCGAGUAGUUCUAGUGAAGCAGGUAGUGAUAUACAGACAAGAUCGAGGCACCACCACUCCACCUCAGCUGAAAGUAUAAGGAAAGUUUUUCAAAACUUACAUUUAAACGUUAGAUCUCAAAGUUGUACAAACACCAAGGAGAAGAGGAAAUCCAAGAAGCCACCACCAAAGGGAAUUCUAAGACAACCAGUGACUUAUACUUAUAUCAAAGGACUGUCCGGUUUACCUACGCAAAGAAUACCAAAGAACUCUAAAAUGUUUCAAUCUUGUGGUUGCAGUAUGUACUAUAGGCCGAGUAGAUAAGUUUUGUCAUAUUAGGUCUUAGCAAUAUCAAAUUUUUGGUGACUUAUCCUAUUUCAAUAAGACUGUUGAAUCUUAUAAUUAUCAUAUUUAGAUUUUAAGGAACUUAUAUUAAGAAUCACCUUUUUAUAAUAACCAUUGUUCAUCAUUCAUUAGAAAUAUGUAUAAUCUUGAAAGGGACACAAUUAUCAGCAUUGUUAUAUAUUAUAUGAUUCAUUACCUUUUUAAAAGCACCAAAAACAUUCUACACACGAACAAAACUGUUAAUCUAAGACACUUUUAUCACGUUUUUGUAAUGAUACUGUGCUUCAUCAGAACAAUUUGAAAUUUUCCAACUAGUGCCUUGUAGACUGUCC